AGUGUUGAUGGUGAUUGGGGCCUAGUGGUUUGCGCCGACAAUUAUAACGAUGAUCAUGAUGAUGGUGAUGGUGAUGGCCGUACCUGGCCAUUUUCGCCGGCAAUAACGAUGAUGAUGGUGGUGGUGGUGCCUGGCUGGCAAUGAUAGUUAUUGUUGCUCAGAGCGGUUGCUGCUGCUGCUGUUGUUGCUGCUGCUGCUGUUCCUGUUGUUAUCGUUGCUGA